AUGGCUGCUCGGGAACAAUGGGAUAACGCUGUGUGUCUGUUUUUCACUCUGCUUUGUCUGUGCGACUGGUCCGUGGCUCAGAUAUCCUACUCCGUUUCAGAGGAGGUGGACAAAGGGACAGCGGUGGGGAAUCUCGCGAAGGAUUUAAAUCUCAGUGUGCAGCAACUCCAUUCCUCGGGUCUUCAGAUUACCUCCGGGUAUAAAAAACAGUAUUUUGACAUAAAUCGUGAAUCUGGAGUACUUUUUGUGAGCGAGAGAAUAGAUCGGGAGGAGCUUUGUCCUAAUACGGUAAAGUGCUCUUUGAAUAUAGAGGCCAUUCUGAGUAACCCACGCAGCCUCCAUCGAAUUGAGGUUGUGAUUACUGACAUUAAUGACAAUAGUCCGUCUUUUCUGGAAGAAAUAACCACAAUUGAUAUGUAUGAAUCUUCUUAUGUUGGAGAAAGACAUCCACUGCCCAUAGCUCAUGACGCAGAUGUAGGUACUAAUUCAGUGAGGACUUACAAAUUAAACCCGAAUGAUCAUUUCUCUUUGGAUAUACAGAGCACUGGUGACCAGAGCGUAUCUGCAGAGUUAGUGCUGCAGAAAGCAUUAGAUCGAGAAAAACAGGCUGCUAUUGAACUCACACUGACAGCAAUAGAUGGAGGAAAACCUCCCAAAACGGGGACUUUACAGAUAAAAGUUAAUGUAUUGGAUGUAAAUGACAAUUCACCCUCGUUCAGUAAAUCUCUUUACAAGGUCCAAGUUGUUGAGAAUGUGAAUAUUGGCGCAGCGUUAUUAACACUGACAGCCACUGAUUUAGACGACGGUGUCAACGGUGAACUUAUAUACUCUUUUACAGAAAGGGGACGCUUAAACCCUGAUGACAAAUUCGCCCUGAAUGGUAACACCGGAGAGAUUACCGUUAAAAGCAAUAUUGAUUAUGAGGAAAAUCAAGCAUAUGAGAUUCGUGUUCAAGCACGAGAUAAAGGCACUCCUCCUCGCAUUGCACACAGCAAGGUUUUAGUCGAAGUUAUUGAUAUCAACGACAAUGCUCCAGAAAUCUCGGUAUCAUCACUCAUGAGCCCAGUAAAGGAGGACGCUGAAAUAGGCACAGCUGUAGCUAUGGUGACUAUCACUGAUAAAGAUGGAGGCAAAAAUGGUCUGACAAACUGCAAAAUUACGGGUUCCGUGCCGUUUAAAAUAAAAUCUAACUAUAAAAACUACUACUCUUUGUUAGUUGAUGGGCCUCUUGACAGAGAGAAUGUUUCCCAGUACAACGUAUCAAUUACAGCUAUAGAUGAAGGAACUCCCUCUCUGUCGAGUACAACCGUCAUUACUGUUCAAAUUGCUGAUGUUAAUGAUAAUCCUCCUCGAUUCCUGGAACCUAUGAUUAAUAUUUAUGUGAAAGAGAAUAGCCCGAUUGGAACUACUAUUCAUACACUGGCGACGUUAGAUUCAGAUUUGAAUGAAAACGCAAAAGCGACGUACAGAAUAAUCGACAGAUCUUCAAAGACCACACAGGUAGCUUCAAUGGUAACUGUCAACUCAGAGACUGGAGAUAUAAUCAGCCUGCAGUCUUUCAACUAUGAGGAGUUAAAAACCUUUCAGUUCAAAGUCCAGGCCACAGACUCUGGUGUUCCUCCGCUCAGCAGCAACGUGACUGUAAACGUUUUAAUCCUGGAUGAAAAUGACAAUAAUCCAACGAUUCUCGCGCCAUAUUCUGAGCACGGCUCAGUCAACAGUGAGAACAUCCCAUAUUCUGCUGAAGCGGGAUACUUUGUGGCAAAGAUCAGGGCUGUAGACGCAGACUCGGGAUACAAUGCGCUGCUCUCUUAUCACCUGUCUGAGCCCAAAGGAAACAACCUCUUCCGGAUCGGAACCAGCACCGGAGAAAUCAGGACUAAGAGGAGAAUGAGUGACAAUGACCUGAAAACUCACCCCUUGCUGGUCUUGGUUUCUGAUAACGGAGAACCCUCCCUGUCAGCUACUGUGUCUAUUGACGUGGUGGUGGUGGUGGAAAGCACAGCUGACAUCCACACUCAGUUCAGACAUGUGCCCAUAAAGGAGGACAGCUUCUCUGAUUUAAACCUGUAUCUGCUGAUCGCCAUUGUGUCGGUCUCACUCAUCUUUCUGCUCAGCCUCAUCAGUUUAAUAGCUGUCAAAUGCCACAGGACAGACGGCACCUUCAGCAGGUACAGCGCCCCAAUGAUCACCACCCACCCUGACGGGAGCUGGUCUUACUCCAAAUCUACUCAGCAGUAUGACGUGUGUUUCAGCUCAGACACGCUGAAGAGUGACGUAGUGGUUUUCCCCGCACCGUUUCCAUCUGUAGAUGCUGAGCUGAUCAGUAUAAACGGAGGAGACACUUUUACCCGAACUCAGACUUUACCAAAUAAAGAAAAGGUAAGAAAUGCACCCGAUUUCAUCUCGACUUCUUCCUCGUAG